CCGCUCUUACCAAAUCUUUGCUUCUGCAACUUUUCAACCUUCUUCUAUUCUGCUACUCUCUCUGCUCCUAAACCCUAGAAAAGGCCAUUACCACAAUUCAACCCUGCCCCCACCUGCACUCUUCCUCUUUCCAAACGUUUUCCUGUCGCCUCGGAUUCUCCAACUCCCUCUUUUGUCUGCCAAUUCAGCCUCGUACGCCCCCAAGAUUGCUCUUUUAUUAUUCCCUGCGGUGUGUUAGAUUUGAGGGUUUGCCUUGAGUUUGUAUUACAAAUGGCCCCAAAUUGUUGAUUCCUGUUUAUAGAGGGAAAAAAGUGGCAGUGGAGAGCGUCGCUGUUAUGAAGGGUGGUGAAAAGAUUUAUGAUUAUGGUAAAGAAAUGAUUUAUGAUAAUGGUAAAGAAGAUGAGAAUGUGGACGACAUUGGUAUACUUGAACAAAUGGAUUCCUUUCUGGAGGGUGUCGAAGGGCGGGUGAUAAUAUCUAGGAUGGUGAGUGACUCCAUCAUAAAGGGCAUGGUUAAUGCUGUUCAGGAACAGGCAGCGGAGCGAAUCACUGAGAAAGAAUUGGAGGUGAUCAAGCUCAAGAAAGUUCUACAUGGGUUUCAUGUGGGUUCAGGUGAAACUAAGACAUUCUGCUCUUCAUUGCAUCAUCAUGAAUCCCACGAAGCUGCUACACAUCAGUUUCCAGAUAGUGUUGUAGAGCCCGAUAAAUAUGUAAUGUCUGUAGACAGUCUUCAAAAUGCAGUACACGAGGAGUUAAGUCAGCUCAAGAAAGAAAUAAAUAAAAUUAAGGGGGCUAGUUCCAUCAGAACAAUUAGUUCAGGUGCUGAUUUGGUGGGUUUAAGUGGUAUUCUGCAAGAGAAUAUGCCUGAAAAAUUGAUUUGUGUUGAUAAAGCUUUCGAAAAUCUAAAGGAUGCUGUAGACAGUGUCUGUGAAAGAAUGAAAGUCAUGGAUCGGUUAUCAAAAGCAUCACUUUCUGAAUGGCAGAAGGAGCAGGACUUUCAAUCAGAAAUUGAACGAAUGGUGAUCAGCAACGGUAUCUGGGGUUUGCAACAGGAGUUUGAACAGAAACUGUGGGAUCUUUCUGACUCUGAAAGUAGAAAUUGUUUUAACCAAUAUAAAGAGAUCUCAAGUUUGCGUGAGGAAUUGGAUUCAAUUUUUAAAACACUUUCUGUUUCUGAAAGCGGCCACCUUCUUUCUCAUGGAUCCUUGGAGAAUGCUGAGGAAUGGUGUCAUAAUAAGAGGGUUGAUCAUUUCCAUGUGAAGCUUUCCACUGAAGAUUUGUCGCCCUCAACUAUGGAAGGAAAUGACAAACAGGAGCCAAAGAUUAACAAGCCUGAGAAUUUGGAUUCGGCCUCACUAAAGCACAUGUCUAAAGAAGAUUUAAUUACUUUUAUUACUAAAAUGAGAAGAAACCAUGAAUCUCAGGUGCAAGAGAAGACGGAAGAGAAUUUUCGCCUGAGGCGGCAACUUUUGAAAGAAAGAGGUUCUUCUUUUCCACUGAAGAAGGACAAGGAGUUUGAGCUGUUGAAGAAAAAAAUCCCUGAUGUCAUCGCAAAAUUGAAUGAAAUCCUUGAUGAAAAUGAGAAAGUACAUCAAUUCAGUGAAAACAUUGAAUGUCUUGGCAGUUUAAAGGAUAGAUUGGAUUUCUUAGAAUCUGAGAAUCAUCAACUGAAGGAGACUCUAUCGGAUAAGAAAAAAGAAUUUAGGAGUCUUUCUUCCCAGGUUUCUGCUGCAGAGGAAAAAUUGUCACAGGAGCAAUUGAUAGAGAAAAAUUUGUUACAAACCAUUCAGAGGCUUGAGGAUGAUAUAGAGGAUGCACAUUCUCAAGUCUCAGUUAUUCAAGAUGUAUAUAAAUGUUUAUUUGAAGGUAUUGUUAGUGAGUUUAGAUGCUGCACUGAAGAAUUACAUCUGAAGAGUAGUUUCAUGCAAGAAAUGUAUGAAGUAUUACUCCAAGAAGCUUCCCGCAGUGCUCAAGCUUCUAGUAGGUUGGGAAUUGAGGAAGCAGAAAUGGAGUCAACUAUGAUACAAGGGUUAUUGGAUAUUAAUCAUAUUAUAUUUAAAGAAACUUUGGUGAAUGCAGAUGAAGCUUUAAAAUUGGAAGUUUCUGAAAAGGAGAAACUAAGAUAUGAAGUGCAUACAUUGAAGUCAGUUGUGGAAGAAAAGGAGAAGUUAAUCAAAGGAGCAGAAGAUGCUUUUGUUCAAGAGAAACAAAAAGUGCAGUUUGCCUCCGAACAACUUGACAGUUUAAGAGCUGAGAUUGCUCAUCAGCAUAAAUUAAUAGAAGAGAAAAGCGAAGAAUUGGAUUUGACUGAUGACAACCUGGUUGCAGCUUUGAAAGAAAUUAAGCAAUAUGAUGAGCAAAUGCAUCAGCUGCAUAAAAAUCUUGAACAAAGAACGAACAAACUUAGAGAAAUUGAAGAAGAAAGAAGAGUACAUUUUGCUCUUACACAAAAACAACAAGAAGCACUGAAUUUGUUUGAGGCUAAAGAAAGGGAAACUAGGAAGCAAAUGGAAUCUACCAUUAAUCUCAUUCAUAAAUUGUUGACGAUGAUUACUGAUUUUGAAGCUAGAGUAAAUAAAGAUAUUUCAAGAAAUCGUUUGAGGCUUGAAAACAUAAGAUCUGAGUUUCAUUGGAUCAAUAACCAAGCCAACUUACUUAAAACCGUGGGUUUGGUGUACAAGCAACGGCUAGAAACAAGAUCUUCUGAUCUCGCGAAGGCUGAAACAGAGGUUGAUCUUUUGGGGGACGAGGUAGAUACUCUUCUUAGGCUCCUUGAAAAAAUAUACAUUGCACUUGAUCAUUAUUCACCCAUACUGCAGCAUUACCCUGGGAUUAUUGAGAUUUUGGAGCUUGUAAGAAGAGAACUGAGUGGAGACUGUAGAAAACUUCUUUAGUUGUACGUUUUGGCCAGGUAUAUUGACAGACACUGUUGAUACAAACUGUAUCUUUCCGUGCUCUGGAUUGCUAAGACCAGAAUCGUGAUAAGCAAAUCAUGCAAGCCCCCACAUGAGCAUAUUCAUCAACCACGCAGGAUGUGGAGAUUGUAAUUAACUUUUCACGGAGCGCCACUAUAGUGUUAAUUGGUUGGUUCAUUCUUUUUUUUUGUUUCUAUUACCUUCAUCUAUACAGAGAUCAGAGAUGCUAGAGUUAUUAUAGUUUCGUUUCUUUUUCAUUUUUCGGGGUUCACUUCUCAUGUCUAUAACUGGAGCAAUGACAAUGCUAUUGCAUAAAUUAUUUUAGUCCAUGCUGUCUUAUGUUAAAUUACUACAUUGAGGAGCUAUGUGCAAAUCUUCCAAUGGAUACAAGUAGCUAGUUGUACAGUUGUUCACAUAGUAUAGUAGCUGGAUGAUGUGUAGCUACUGGGUUUUUGUUCUCCUUAACACAUUUUUGAGGAAAACAGCACCACAAAAGAACCAACAACUUGUGCAGUUGCUAACACCGAUUUUGCUAUACACGAAUUCUGUAUCAUACUAGGAUACAUGCUUAGGCCGGUUGACUAGUAUAUCACAAAUUUGCUUCCUCUCUUUGUAAUUCUUACUUUGCCUUCCAUGUGGGCUAAUUUAUUAACUUUUGUACAUUUUUUUUAA